AUGCCUAGACCUCCGAGACGUGGGAAGAAUCCCAGAGAGAUCAAAGAAAAUGUUGUCAAUGUUACACUUCCAUCAACUGUGAUGCAUUCAAUGUUGAAAAAGCUUGACUUAACCUUUGAACGUGAUAUUGGCAUGCUUAAUGGGAAAAAUACACAUUCUAUACCGAAUCGUGAUACUUUGGUUAAAGUUCAGGAACAAUUAAACGUACUGAAGGAGCUUUUUGAUUCAAUUUCCAAAGAUGAUCAAGAAUAUAUAGAUAAACUACGUGCCAUAAGAGAAGAACGUAUUAAAAUAGAACAACAAUCUCGAUCGGAAGCUGAACAAGCUGAACAGUCGAAAACUAAUACACUUGUUACAAGCCCUCCAGAAACAACACAGAAACCUGAAAUUCUGGAAAAUGAACAGACGACCACCGCAACACAUGAUGGAGAAGGUAGUACAGACGAAAUAUCUAAUGAUAAAAUCGCAAAAGAUAAUAGCACAGUGGAAAAUGACGAUAGUCAGACAGUAGACACCGAACAAACCAGGAAACGGUCACUGGAAAAUGAAGAAGACGAAACUGCAAAAGAAGGAGAAGAUAAAGACAACAAACAAGAAGGGCAAGAGGGAGAGGAGGAAAAUGGAGAAAAAACUGGUGAAGUCACUCGCGAAAAUGAUACAAUUACUGACAGUAAUAUCAAUGACAAUGAGGAUGGAAGUGCGGAACCUGCUCUUAAAAAACAAAAGACUGAGGAUGUUGAUGUAGAUCAAAUGGAAAACAAUCCAAAUGUGAAAAAUCCUAAGUCAGAGUUCGUCAUCUCUCAAACACUACCUCAGGCUGCAAGGAACUUGGGUUUAUUUAGUGAAGAAGGUUUAGAGAGUACAGGGGAGAAUUAUCUGAAAAAGAAAUAUAGUGUAGCAAGUUAUCCAACUACAGAUCUCAAAGAGUUAUUACCUGGUGAUUUACCAGAUAUGGAUUUGUCUUGUGCUAAACCAGCUAACCAAAUUCAGUACAGUACAUUCCUAUCAUAUGUCGAUAAUUUUUACAAAGACCUAAGUGAUGACGAUAUCAAAUUCUUAAAAUCAAAAUACCUCCUACCUGCAAGUUUGCAAGUUGAAAAAUCAUAUGAUCCUGAAGUUACCCCAUUUGUGAUACCAAAAUUGGGCCCAUUGUAUACAAGGACUUGGUUCAAAACUGAUGCAAACAAAAAUUUAGGAAACACUUCUCCUCCACAUAUAAAUGAUACAUCCAGUGUGACACCAAAGAAAAGCGCAUCUGAUAUUAAAGACACAUCAUUAGAAUCUGAGGAUAUCUCUUGUGGUCCAUUAUUAUCAAGAUUAAUGUCUGCUAUCUUUAGGGAUGAAGGUAAUGAUCUUGCAAGACAAAUAACGAAUGAACAGACAAAUAGUUCUGUGACUUCGGUCGUUGCCCCUGAUAUCAAGAAAGAAAAUACAAACGAAACGACAGGAAAUCUCGGAAUUGAGAGCCACGAACAGACUCCCUCACAAUCAACAGUAGAUACUCCCAUGAGUGAUGUUGAAGAAAUUACUAAAUUCAGUAUCGGCGGUACAACGAGCACCUUAAAAAUGGAUCAAGGUUGGAAAAUUAACAGUGUCAAUUUGGAUUAUCCAACGCUAGAAGAGAGAUUAAAACGUGAGUUGAAAUACGUUGGAAUAUACAUGAAUAUGCCAAAAGAUGAAAACAACCCCAAUGGAUCUGACCCAAAUUGGUUAACAGGUAGAGAAGAUGAUGAAAUUAGUGCAGAAUUACGUGAAUUACAAAGCUCAUUAAAACAAGCUACAGCAAAUAACCAAAAGAGGAAAGAAACUUUAAUUCCUUUAGUUGACAAACAACUUGCUUGGCUAGAGUACUCUUCUAUUCUAGAUGAUUUAGACAAGCAGGUAGACCAAGCUUAUAUCAAAAGAAUCAGAGUUCCAAAGAAAAGAAAGAAGCAUCAUAAUAGUGGUUCAAUCAAUGCAGCUACUGCAUCCCAAAUUGCCCAGCAGAAAGCAGCUAACUCAAGUUUGAAAUCAUUGUUAGAUAAAAGACAAAGGUGGAUUACUAAGAUUGGUCCAUUAUUUGGGCCUCCUGAACUCAUGAAACGUAUACCAAAGAAGAGUGUAUUCACUAAUUUAGAACAGGAAGAAGAAGAUGACGAGGCUGAUGUAUUUGAUCAAAUGCAUGAUGGUAAGGAUGAAGGAUUAGAGACUUAA